AUGUCUUUUAACAAAAAUGUUGGAAACAAAUCUGGGAUGGUGGAAUUUGUAGGCCCUAAUGGGGAGGUUUUCAUCUGUAGAAGUGAUGUGGAGAUUAGUUUGUCUCACCAAGAUGCAUUGAUUGAACUUGGUUGCUGUUGUAAGAAUGACCUUGCUUUAGUACACUAUGCUUGUGCACUCAAGUGGUUUAUUAAUCAUGGAUCAACAAUUUGUGAAAUAUGUGGACACAUAGCCAAUAAUAUCAGAAUCUCUGACUUCAACAAGGUUGUUGGUUCUGUGAAAGAAUAUGAAUCCUUGAGGGAGAGAACUGUCAGUGGGGAUCCUGGUCCUCAUGUUCAUGCAAAUAAUAAUACUGGCGUUGAUCCUGACGCUGUGGCUGCUAUCCGGAGGCAAAGGCUAAGUGAGAUUGCAUUAUGGUUUUGUCCUCAUAAUACCAGUAGUAUAAACAACAAUAGCAUUGCCGACACAGUUUCACAGCCUUCAAAUUUUGUUACUGAAGAUGCUGGCCCUGCACAGAGUCCUGCAACCAAGUGGGCCGUGGAAGGCACAGGGAUCCUGCUUGCUACUGGCCUGCUUACAAUCACCCUUGCGUGGCUGAUAGCUCCUCGAGUUGGAAAGAUACAUAAGAUUUAA